AUGGGAUCUGUCAACGUAGAAGAGCUGAGCCUGAACGGCCACAAUGGCAAGAAGCAACUACUUCUCAAUGCCUUUGACAUGUCCACCAUCGGGCACCUUUCACCCGGACAAUGGAAGAACCCAAAGGACAAGUCGACGACCAAGAGAUCGCUGGAUUACUGGAUCAACUUGGCAAAGCUCUUAGAGAGUGGCGGCAUCAACGCUCUCUUCCUCGCAGACACCUAUGGCGGAUACGACACUUACAACGACAGCCUGGACGACUGCAUUCGUCGAGCAGCUCAGUGGCCCAUGACCGAUCCAUCGAUUCCGAUCUCAGCAAUGGCAGCAGUCACUAAACACCUCUCUUUUGGGAUCACCGCGUCGACUUCGUUCGAGCCGCCUUUCCUUCUUGCCAAGCGCUUCUCGACGCUUGAUCACCUGACCAAUGGACGGAUUGCCUGGAACAUCGUUACUUCGUGGAAGAAGGCAGCAUUCAAAGCGAUAGCGUCGACAGCCCGAUUGAGCAUGACGAACGAUAUGCUCAGGCCCACGAAUAUCUCCAGGUCUUGUAUAAAUAAAGCCAUUGUUGCAGAUGCAGAGAAAGACGAGUACUUCAACCCGGACCUGAUACGUACCAUUCACCAUCACGGAAAGUAUUUCAACCUAGAUUCACGACACAUAACAGACCCAUCUCCUCAGCGUACACCCUUCCUCUUUCAAGCAGGAACUUCGUCCGCAGGGUCAGAAUUUGCUGCAACUCACGCCGAGGCAAUUUUUGUGUCCUCACACAGUCCGAAAGUUCUGAGGCCCAAGAUCGACAACAUUCGUGAACUUGCCGCACAGAAGGGUAGAGACCCUCAAUCGGUCAAGUUCUUCGGUACCUUCACUCCGAUUAUCGGGCGUACCGAGGCUGAGGCCCAGGAGAAGUAUGAAGAGGCGAAGAAGUACGCCUCGACAAUUGGCGGCCUAGUCUUAUUCUCCGGUUGGACAGGAAUUGAUAUCUCCAAGAUCCCUCUUGACCAGGAUAUCACAGCUGCGGAUUCGAAGGAGGCACAUAAGGUCAGGAGUAUGCUCGAUGCUUUCACGACCACCAGCCCUGAUGUGCCGCAAUGGACGCCUCGGGUUGUUGCCGAGAAAGCUGCUAUCGGCGGACUUGGUCCAGUCGGAGUAGGCACGGCAUCCAAGGUCGCAGACGCUCUAGAGCAUUGGGUUGAGGAGGCAGAUCUCGACGGCUUUAAUUUAGCAUACGUGACCACACCGGGCACAUUUGAAGAUGUGGUCAAUCUUCUCAUUCCUGAAUUGCGCAAGAGAGGAAUUUAUCCGGAAGCCAGGAAUAAUAGCGAGCCUCUCACCGCGCGCGAGAAGGUAUAUGGUCCUGGACAGAAGGGCGUGCGCGAUGAUCACAUCGGCGCGAAAUAUAGAUAUGAUGUGUAUACGGAAGAGCCGAGCACGACAGAUGUGUCGACUGCGAACGAGGACACAAAGUCAUGA